AGUCUUCACCAGUGAACUGAUACUGAUCCGAUUCCGUGUCGUUAAAAAACGGAUUUUUUGAGGGCCGUAGAACGGAUUGGUUUCCGUUCUCUAACGCUAGAGUCGCAUGAAGGCAAUAACGUUAUGCCUACCCUCUAGCGCCUCUAGCUGAUUCAUAAUCGGAUUCGUUUCAGUUAACCGAUUUUUGACAAAGCAGCGCGUUGUUCAAAUCAGUGAGCGGACCCGUUUCCGUUCACAGAUCCGUUUCAGUUUAUUAUCAACUUGUUUUUAUAAUAAGAAGCCGAAACCUUUCCAUUAUUUGAACGGAUUCGUUUCCGUUUCCAUAGCACGUUUUUAGUAAACAAACUGUUUGCUUAUUAGAAUAUUAACCGAUUUUAAUUGUGUUAUUGAAAAACAAAACAACAAAAUGUCGUCGAACAAGAAAAGUGAUCUAUUGAAGGAUUUAAAAAAAGAAUUAUAUAUUCAAAAGCAAAGAGAUUUCAAGAGGGAAAUAAGAAAAAACCAAAAGGAAAGAAAAAGUUUUCCCAAAGAUAAACGACAACUUAGUUCAUCAAUUCCCCCAGAUCUCAACAGAAAUGAAUCAGCCAAAAGAAAAAGAAUGAAAAGAACCUCUAAAGACUGUUCCACUGAAAACGAAAAUUCCCUGACAAUUGAUAGAGAAGAUAUUGAAGCAGCCAACAACUUAGAUUCACCUAUUCCGAGUCAGCUAGAACAAUAUCUGAAUCAAAUUCAAAGUGACUUCAAUAUUGAUGCUGACGGGAGUGUACCUCUAGGAGAAGAAGUGAAGAAACAUGAGAGACGUAUGGGCCAAAUUGCUGUUGAUUGGGAUGUGCACUGGGAUGAAGUUGUCAAUGGCCUUAUUGCAAGCUACGCAACUAUUCCAUCACUGUGCUGGAUUUGUAAAAAGUCCCUUGCAGCUUGUUACACUCGCUGUCUCUGUUGUGUCAAGACAUAUUGUCAAGACUGCGACUUCCAAUUCCAUUCAUGGAAUGUGUUCCACAGAAGACAAUUAUUGUUUCAAGAUUCCAAAGUGAUUAAACUAAAGCCUAACGAGUUUUGGGAUUCAACUUUAGCUGAGAUAGUUACAAAAGAGGUUGCAGUUCCGUGCUUCGUUCCUCUGCAAUGCCAAUCUUGUCUAAGCAUAAACUCGUUGACAAUUGAACCAUUGAAGAGUAAAUUCAUGAUAGUUGUCACACUUCUAGGUAAUCAAAUUUUUAAAACUAAAACUGGCUCUUUGGAACGGAGCCUUCCUUCGGGUUGAUAUUAGACCAAAACGUAACGUAAUGCGACCGUUAAUAAUUUUUUAAUUGAUUGAAUCCCAAAGGCAGAUUUGAUUUAAGGAGAGGGAGUAUCAAACUAUUAUUUCAAAUAAGAUUUGAAGAAAUUGUGUUCAAUUUAUGUUUUAUGUUAUUUAUUUAAAGGAUUUUUUCCAGUACCCGCAAUCCAUUAAAAUUUCAAGAGGGAAAAUUGUCUUAAUGAACUUGGAACUUAAUCGCAUUCAAGAGAAAGUUGCCAGAGCGGUCUCACUCUUCAAGAUAUACAUUCACGGGAGCUUCAACUGUAACUCCGAUUGUGAUACUGACCGUGACUCAGACCGUGAUUGUGAUCAAGACUCCGACAGUGAAUCUCAUCAAGACUUCAACAGUGACUCUCACCAAGACUCCGACUCAGAUUCUGAUCGUGAUGUCUCUGAACCUGACCCCAUCACUGUAUUGACUCUGUAGACGUUUUCAUGUGUUUGUGAUGUGGGACUAUAUCAUUAAUAAACUUUUGUCCGGUAACCAG